AUGAAGGUGCCGAAGUUGAGGACUGAACUCAACUCCACGCCGAGGAGUUCCAAGCUGUCACAUGUCGUUAAUGUGGAGCAGGAAAAGGGUUGCGGAGAGAACAGACCCCUGAGGAACACCGGCGUCAAUGGCCAUGAGGUCAGAAGAGCAGCCAUCAAUGACUACUCUGAUCGACCGUUCACUCAAGAAUUCGCAAGUAAAAAGGACGCUGUUGACGCACUGAACAACAGGUUCCUCAGCGCCGCGGCGGCGUGCGGCGCGCCGCGCGCGGGCUGUACCCGUGCCCUACGCCAGCUGCGCGCCGCGCUGCCGGCUGCGGAUCGUUCCCUGAAGCUCCGACCUUUCAGCGCAGACGAGGUUUAUCGUUUGAUAACCUCCCUCAUUCAUCCUAAAGCCUCAAUGGACAUCUACGGGAUAAAUAUGAAACUACUGAGGGCUACUGGAACCUACCCUAAACCACUUAAAAUCAGCAAAAUAGCUUCCAUCUUUAAAGGCAAGGGUAAAAGGGGGGAUAUGGAUGCAUACAGACCCGUUGCUAUUAUCCCCGCAAUGGCAAAGGUCCUUGAAAACAGACUCAGCCGCCGGCUGACGAGUUUCCUAGAGUCGACGAGCGCCCUAUCUGACAGACAACACGCCUAUCGAGCGGGCCGCUCCACAACCACACUGACCCGUGAUGUGGUCCGACGCGUAGCAGACGCCAGAGAGAGGAAACAGCAAGUUGCUUUAUUGUGCUGCGACCUGUCCAGGGCUUUUGACGUCGCAGACCACGCAGUCCUUACCAGCAAGCUAAGGCAUUAUGGGAUCGAUGGUCCGACACUUUCCUUGUUCAAGAGUCUUCUGCAAUGUAGAUCUCAAAUUGUAGUAGGAGAUGGCGGAACGGCUAGAUCAGACCCGCUAGAAACGACCAUGGGUGUAGCUCAGGGCUCAUCGGUUUCAAACAUAUUAUUCUCGUUGUUGCUGAACGAUCUGCCGCAUGCAAUACAGGCCGCUGAAAUCCUUGUAUACGCCGAUGAUGUUGCUGCAAUCGUCACAGCGCAAUCCGUGGACACCAUAGAAGACAAAUUAAAUGAAACCGCGGCGCAGCUUGCACAGUGGUUUAAUGCCAACGGUCUAGCGCUAAACCUUAAGAAGACCCACUACCUGGUCUUCAAUCUAUCAGGUCGCAGCACGAGGCCGCUUGCUGUUUCUGCAAAUGGGACCGCCUUAGACCAAUUAAGUAGUACCGGUUUCCUAGGGUUCGAAAUUGACACCUGUCUAAAGUGGGACCAUCAUAUUAACAGACUCAGCGGAAGAAUCGGCAGUGCGUGCUUUGCAUUAGGACGAGUAACUAGGUUGGUGUCGGAUGAGGUCGCGCGCUCGUGCUAUUUUGCCACGGUGCACUCGCUGAUCCAGUAUGGUGCGGAGCUAUGGGGACGCUGUGCCGAGUGGGAAAGGGUCUUCCGCCUCCAGAAGCGCGCGGUUAGGAUAAUCGCCCGAGUGCUGCUGGGUCCAGGUCCCAGGGCGGAGUCCCCGCCAACACGCACGCUGCCUCGUGUGAGACGGAGCGGUAUGCCCUCACCAUCCUGA